GUACCGUUUUUAUCUCCCCCACUAAUUGAACCUAAGUUAUAGAAUAUGGUGUUUCUUUAAUAUUGAAGCAUUAUAUUCUUUACAUUUAAAUAGUGUUUCAUUCAUAAAGUGUUCUGACCUAUAUAAAGGUAGAUUAUGUUAAGAAUUAGAAACUGUACAAUCAAUUUUUUGUUAAGCAUCAGAAAGUGAGACCAUGAGAGUUGAAGCCUUGUCAUUCAUAGUGUUUUUCAUGGUGUUGGUUGAGUUAGUGGGUUCUCAUCCUCUCAACCGUGGCACAUUUCCAAGGGAUUUCUUAUUUGGAACUGCAUCAUCUUCUUACCAGUAUGAAGGUGCAGCAAACGAAGGGGGAAGAAGACCAAGUAUAUGGGACACCUUCACUCAUAGACAUCCUGAAAAGAUAAAGGACCAUAGUACUGGAGACCUUGCUGUUGAUUCUUAUCAUCGCUACAAGGAAGAUGUGGGAAUAAUGAAGGAUAUAGGAUUUGGUGCAUACAGAUUCUCUAUCUCAUGGUCCAGGGUUCUACCUGGUGGAAACCUGAAGGGAGGCAUAAACAGAGAAGGCAUCACAUACUACAACAAUCUUAUCAAUGAACUCCUCUCAAAUGGUUUACAGCCCUUUGUAACUCUAUUUCACUGGGAUCUACCUCAAACUCUUGAAGAUGAGUAUGGUGGAUUUCUGAGCCCCAAUAUAGUGAAGGAUUUGGCAGACUAUGCAGAUCUAUGCUACAGAGAAUUUGGAGACAGAGUGAAACACUGGAUUACUAUAAAUGAGCCACUCACCUACACCACACAAGGUUAUGCAAGUGGAGUCUUUGCACCAGGAAGAUGCUCCAGGUGCGGUGCAGGGGAUUCUAGCACUGAGCCCUACCUGGUCUCUCACCACCAGAUUCUUGCUCAUGCAGCUGCUGUCAAAGUCUAUAGAGACAAGUACCAGAUUUCUCAGAAGGGACAAAUUGGGAUAACAUUGAACACUGCAUGGGUAAUUCCACUUUCCCAGUCAAAGGCAGAUAUUGAUGCAGCAUCUAGGUCCCUUGCUUUCCAAUAUGGCUGGUUUAUGGAGCCACUAAAAUCUGGAUCAUACCCUAUUGAAAUGGUCAAUAAUGUUGGCAGAAGAUUGCCAACAUUUUCAAGGGAACAAUCCUUGAUGGUUAAAGGGUCCUUUGAUUUCAUAGGAGUUAACUAUUACUCUGCAACCUAUGCAGCUAAUGCCCCUUGCAUAAGGGAAAAUCCAUCUCUUUUUACAGAUGCUUGUGUUACUAUCACAACAAUGAGAGAUGGAGUUCCAAUUGGCCAAAAGGCUGCUUCAGACUGGUUAUACAUCUACCCUAGAGGAAUUCGAGAUCUUUUACUUUACACGAAGGAAAAGUAUAACAAUCCAGUCAUUUACAUAACAGAAAAUGGGGUUAAUGAACUUAAUGAUGGUAGAAAAUCACUUGAGGACAACAUUAGAGUGAAGUAUAUCAGGAGGCAUCUUACCUAUGUUCAGAGUGCCAUACAGAGUGGUGUGAAUGUGAAAGGCUACUUUGCAUGGUCAUUGUUGGACAAUUUUGAAUGGGCAGAUGGGUAUAGUGUCCGAUUUGGGAUCGUUUAUGUUGAUUAUAAGGAUGGAUUGCGCAGAUAUCCUAAGAAAUCAGCUCAGUGGUUGAAAAAGUUCCUCCAUCGAUAGCAAUGAUAGCAGACCCAGAAAUUUGAAGUUGUGGGACAACACAUAUAAAUUUGUAACAUAUUAUUGAAAAAAUAUGAAUAUACAUUAUAAUUGUUUGUACAAGUUUUAAUAUUUUGGAGACCGUGAAGGACCUAGGAAUUUGAUGCUUCAUAGCUAUAGGGAACUUGCUAGUUGCUACAUUUCCCUUUACUUUUCAACAUACUAUAAAUAGAUUAAUAGAGAGUAUUAAUAGGUGCUAUUA